GCGGCAGCGCCCGGUGCCGGGUUGGAGGCCGGCCCGCCGCCCGCCCCGCCUCAGCGGCCCUACAAGAUGGCGGCGCCCAGGGGCCGCCGGCUCCUGAGGGGCAGGCUCGGAGCCCGCCGCCCGCCGCCGAGCCCCCGCAGGCCGCGAUAAAGCGCCGAGCGGGUGCAGGGAAGGGGAUAAGGAUGCCCAGGCAGGCGGCGGUGACGGUGGCUGUGGCGACCCUGCUGGGUGUGGCGGUGGGGGGCCUGGCGCUGUGGAGGGCAGCGCGGCGCCGCAGGGGGACAGCGAGCUGCGGGCAGCCGCGAGGGGACGAGGGCAGGGGGCCGGCAGAUGAGGCGCUGCUGAAGGCUGAGGAUGAGGAUGAGGAUGAGCCUGCCUUCGGCACGCCGCCCGCCUCGUCCCGGCCACACAGGAGCCUCGGUGCGGACAUCGUGGUCGUCUCCGAGCAGGAGGAGUGGGAGCGGGUCGAGCCCCUGCUGAAGAAGGAGCUGGAGCAGCGGCCGGUGCUUGGGAUCGACUGUGAGUGGGUAUCUGUGGAGGGAAAAGCGAAUCCUGUAUCCCUUCUACAAAUGGCUUCUUCCAGUGGCUUCUGUGUUCUCAUCCGGUUGCCCAGGCUCGUUGCCAGUGGACAGACUAUCCCAAAGACCCUGUUGGACAUCAUGGCAGAUAGUGCUGUAUUGAAAGUAGGGGUGGGAUGCUGGGAAGAUGCUUGCAAGUUACUUCAGGACUAUGGUCUUCCAGUAAAAGGGAGUGUGGAUCUCCGAUAUUUAGCCAUGAGACAGCGGAAGGAUCUACUUCACAACUGCCUUAGCCUUAAGUCCUUAGCUGAAAAAGUCCUGAACUGCCCGCUUGACAAGUCUCCUCAUAUGCGUUGCAGCAACUGGGAGGCAGAAGAACUGACACAACAUCAGGUUCUCUAUGCUGCUAGGGAUGCCCAGAUCUCAGUGGCUCUGUUCCUCCAUUUGCUGGGAUUUGCCUGCCUCCCUGCUGUAUCUGACGGUGAAAACUCUGCUGCUACUUGGGAAAAAGUACUGAGCAAAUGCCAGGGCUUGGUGGAUAUCCCAUUUAGAGGGAGGAGGAGUGGCAGCGCAGGAGAGAAGGGUGGAGUGGCACGCUCCCCUCAGAAAACAAAGAAUCGGAAAUCUUCUGCGAAUGUUCAGUCUUCUGGCAGUCAGCAAGUGAGAGAUCCUCGGAGGCAGAAGCGAAAGCCUCUGGGUGUGGGAUAUUCUGCAAGAAAAUCUCCACUGUAUGACAACUGCUUCCUGCAUGCACCAGAUGGACAGCCUCUGUGCACCUGCGAUCGCAAGAAGGCUCAGUGGUAUCUGGACAAGGGGAUUGGAGACCUAGUUAGCACAGACCCGUUUGUUGUGAAGCUGCGGUUUGAGCCUUCAGGACGUCCCGAGUCUCAAGUCGAUUAUUAUCUGACAGUCAAAGAGAACCUGUGUGUUGUAUGUGGCAAACGGGAGUCCUACAUCCGGAAGAACAUUGUUCCUCACGAAUACCGAAGACACUUCCCCAUCCAGAUGAAGGACCACAACUCCCAUGAUGUGCUACUUCUCUGCACAUCCUGCCACGCCGUCUCCAAUUACUACGACAACCACCUCAAGCAGCAGCUGGCUGAGGAGUUUGGUGCCCCCAUUGGCUCCGAGGAGGGUGUGCGCAUGCUGGAGGACCCUCUGCGCAGGCAGGUGCGCUCAGGGGCCCGAGCUCUGCUGAAUGCAGACAGCCUGCCUGAUCCCCGAAGGGCAGAACUUCUGCAAGGCAUCAAGGACUUCUUUAACACAGAAGCGGUGACCCCGGAGAUGCUCCAGGAAGCAGCUGCUCUGGAAACCAGGAUCUGCAAUGAGAGCUACAUGCCACACGGACUGAAGGUGGUGCAGUGCUUUGCCAAAGGAGGCCUGCGCUCCCUGAUGCAGUUGGAGAGACGCUGGCGGCAGCACUUCUUGGACAGCAUGCAGCCCAAAUACCUCCCAGAGCAGUGGUCAGUGGACCAUAACCACACAAAGCUGAUCCGAAAGUACGGGGAGGAUCUUCAGAUCGAGCUGUCAUGAAAGUCACUUCCUGGACUCUAGAUAGGAUGUAAUGGACAUGCAUAACCGAAGGUGGAAGGAGUGUUUUUAUUUCUGUUUCUCCACUAACACCUGAGCCUGGGUUUGUGAACAGGCAGCAGUGGGUCUGCCAGAUUUGGCAUUUAUAAGGAGUUAAAUCCAUUGACUUGAAUUUUAUCAGGUGGUUUGGAAUCUUUAAUCCUAGACUCACUGAUUAGUUCAGUGCAAGAGCGAUAUACUAAGGGAAUUAUCCUUCUCUAGUUGACUAUUGGGAGUUAUUUUCUACCCCCGGGAUGUCUGGUCCCUCCAGGCCAUCUCUUUUAACACAGAGCACAAUAUGUACACGUUUCCAGGUUUUCUGAGAGAUGUAUAUAUACACCUUGGCUGCACCUCAAGAAUCUCCUGAUAAAAAUCUUUCUUUGCUUUCAGUGCAGUUGUACUCACACGAGUUCUUCUCAGAGAAGACUACCCACUAGAGAGAUUCCUUAUUUGGAAGUAGCAAAGAAUUUACCUUUAUUUUUAUUUUUCUUUUCAGAUUCUGAGCUGUAUCGGCAUUCCAGAUAGGCCUCACUGUCCUGGUGCUUGAGGAUAAGAUUGGCAUUGUGGCAGUGACAAUGUCAGGUUUUUUAAACAGUUUCCAGCGGCUCAGAGUCUGUUUACAAAAAAAAAAUAAAAAGAGAUUUACCAAUUCUACUUGUUUAUCCUGAGUAGCUCUCAGCAGGUACCUUUUCACAUCAGAGUGAAAUGCGGCCAGGUGUCUUAAAAGGGAUGAGAAGAAACAAAUUUUAUUAAAAACCAGCAUCUUUUAAGAGGUCAGAUCAUGUGUGGCAGGAAACUGGAAAAUCUGGUGUUCUGUUCCUGGAUUUGACUUGUGUGGUGGUGAGCAGGUCAUACUCUCUCCAUGCCUGUCUCUAAAAUGGGACUAAUAAUACUUACCUAUCUCACAAGGGUGUUGUGAGGAUUGAUUAAUUAAGAUUUUUGUAAAAUGCUUUAAAAACAUGAGCCAGUGUGUGCUAAUUAUUAUUGUUGUUUUUAAAGUUGUGCUGCUGUCUUGACUUUUCAUAAAUAGACAUGUUUUUUGCCUGGUGUUAGACCCUAGCUAAAAUACAACUUUUAAAAAGUACAUAUCCAUUUCUGUGAAAUCACUUUUGAUGAUUUUGAUUGCAUGAGAUGACUGUGCUUCUCCUGAAUGAAACUAUGCUCAACUUCUAUAAGCCUCUGCGGAGAAGUUUUGGUAAGACUCUUACCGUGCUUCACGCUGCUGUGUGUAGCACAGUUGACCCAUAUUUCAUAAUAACCUUUGGGCAGAAUGCUAUUGGGCUUGCUGUGAUUGUGGUAGAAAGUCUCCUCUAUCAGAUUAUUUGAGAAAUUUCCCAGGCCAGGGGUUGAAAAACGCGUUUGUAGCAGAGCCUGUUUGAGAUGCGUAGGAGCCAUGGAGAAAUUGUGCGUUAAUGUCAUCCCAGAGGAGCUGCAGAAGCAGUCCGAUCAAAAGGAAUCAAAGGUUUGUGAUAAAUAGUACUUAUCACUGAGCCACAAACAAGACCAUUUUCAUUAUAAGGGCAAUUUUAUGUCUUUCUUGCACCAUUGACAGGUCUUGACAAAAACUGAUGAAGCCGAUGUGUUCUGUCACUGUGCUCUUUCACACAGCUGAUUGUAAUCUCAGCAAGAACCUCCUGUCUACAGCAGGAGCUUGGAUGUAACUACUUCUUGCCAAAGCAUUUUGAGCAUGUGUUCAGGUGGUGUUAUCUCCUGUCUUUAUAGCAAGGCAGUGUGGUGAGAGCUCUUUGCAUGGUUCUGAAAACCCUUUUCAGCCAUCAGGAGUACAAACUGUCCCUCUCACUUCUUUGCUCUGUUUUUCUCCCUUUGUUCUGAUGCAUGAACUCCUGAUAAAGCUGUCUUUGUUUACAGGAACCCAUAGGUACAAACAGGGCUGUUGUCUUUUCUGUCUACUGAGAAAAGAAAAUGAUGUUGAGAAAGGAAUUAGACUAAGGGUCCUCUAAACUUAAGGAGUUGGUGGUAUCACUAAAGAACUUUUUUUUUUGGUCAAAUCACUUGUUUAGAAAUAGGAGUUUGCAAGGAAAACUUCAGUAAGUAUUUUCUUAGCUAAUAUUCUUCAUUGUUAUUUGAACGAUAGCCUUAACUUGCAUGAUUUUAAGUCAACCUGAAAGAGGGGCGGGAAAUGCUAUAUUUAUUGUGUAGAAAUUAAUUAUUUUUAUAUGAUUGUGAUUUAAAAUGUUUUUGCCUUUUAAUAGAAUAUGCUUGCUUUUUCUGUUCAAUAGGUCUUGCGUAUGGUUAUCAGGAACACUUGCUGGUUUACAGGGUAGUAGCAGUUCUACGGGCAGGGUCAGAAUGUACUGAUUACUUGCAUUACUCUCAGAGUACACUGCUUCCUCCUUGUAGAGUUGCUUGGGCUCUGGAAUGUACAGUGGUCAGAGGAAGAGCAAAACCAGCCUACAGAUUAAAAAUCUACAUAUGUCUUCAUUGUUACAUUCAGUAAAAAUCUGCUCUUUUACCAGACUUAACCAUCAGUCAAGCUCUUUUUUUCCUUUUUUGCAUGCCUGUUUUUUCUCUUAUGUCUCUGUGUCUCACUCUGUCCUUGUGAGUCCAUCAUCUGGAUUUCCUUUGCCAGUGCCUUUCCCAGCUGACCUCCCAGGUACCAGGAUACUGUACUUCUCAGCAAUGUAAUGGCAAGUUUGCUCAGGAAGAAUUGAAUUGUUCUGAAGUGGAUUCAGGUACUGUCCUUGCCCUGAUUACGUUGGUCAGUCGUGUUGGCUGCCUCUUUUAAAAUAAAUCUUAGGUUUGGCUCAAUCUGAGGACUCACCUAGGUUGCCCCUAGCAUCUUACCUGUGGUAGGACUCUCCUGCAAUAAACAGUGCAUCCAGGCUUUCAGUGGAGGGAGAGAAUUCCUGUGCCUCUCUGUGGGCUGGCUUUCACAACAAGGGAUUUUUCUUUCAGUUGCUUGUCACUUCGUGCUUGUGAGUUUGCCCGAGGUACGCUGCCAGAGAUGGGGAGAGAAUGUUUCCUUUUUACCUGGCAUUUGCUGCUACCUGCCUCAGAGCGAUUUGUGCAGGUUAGUGGGGAGCAUCCUCCAGUUGCUGUGGUCCUCAAAACCUGCCUUGGGUUAUGAAUGCCCUGCAGCUUUUGCCUCAGUCCUUUCCAUGUAAGGCAUUUUGUCCUUGUGAACUGGAUGUGCUUGGGGUGCUCUCAGAUUCCCUCUGUUCCAUGUGAGACCUGAGGAAGGCUUGAAAGGAAGUUGGCAAAGCAAAGAGUUAAGGGCAGUCAGCCUGCAGUCCUGUUCCCCUUGUUCUUACAGCUGCACAGGCUUACACAAGAAAUUUUGCCACUCCAGAGGAUAAUGACAAAAUAACUUCAAUUUUUGUAAUGCUGCUGUGAAGCCUUGAGGUAAGAAUUUUUUGCUGCCCUAGCAGCUAUGGUUUACUCAGUACUUUUCUAAGAAUAUGACUGGGCUUGUGUUUCCAGAGAUGCUCCUCUGGAGCUGGAGCAACAAUAGCACUGGUAGUAUGUUAGCUAGCCUUCCUGCACGGGAUAUAAACUGACUUCUGCCCUCCCAAACACUACACUUUGCAUUUUUCUUGGCUUUGCAGCAAUUUUGGCACGAUUACAUGGUGCAGCAAGUACUGGGUGAGCAGAAUUUUCGAUAGUCUGGUGGUUGAGAUGCAGCGAGUGCUGCACUUGUGAACAGACCACACGUGACACGUUAAUUAUUCUGUAGGCAGACAUGGCAUUUGGAGUGCCUUGAUUUCCCUCCUUUGACUGUCUUUAAAGGUCUCAGCUGUCACAUCCCAUGACUGACAGGGACUGAAGACAACAUACCCCCAUGGGCUUCUUGCAUUUGGUGCUCCUUAAUGCCAGGGAUGCGAAGCCAUCUUCCUGUUGCAUUGCUCUUGCUCUGGCUCCCUAGGGAGUAUCUGAAUUCUGCACUGUCUGUAACAGUUUUUGUUUUAUUGUCAUUCUCCACCACCACCACCCGUGAAAAGUACUUCAGUGCCCAGGUCCUGUGCCUAGGUGCCUUUGGGGAGCUGGGACCUUUACACAUGCAGAGGGAGCCUCUCUAAUGAGGAGUCACCACCAGCCCUUGCCACUGUGCAGUGUGAUUUAGAGGCACCUCCAGUCUGAAGCAGUAGGUCAGUUUCCAUCACUUACUCUUUGGUCACCUCCUCCUUUCACCUUGUUUUGGAAAAGGGGGGAGGCAGUUCAAGAUAAGUGCAAAGACAGCAUCCUGCUUCCUCUGGGAGUUUUUAGGGGAGCCACAGUUUGCCCUCUUGUAUUAGCCCAGCAUCAACAUAUUUUUUUACGUGCUUUUACAGGUAGAGAGGGUAAUGCUGGAGAGCCAACAUGGUAAAGUUUACUAAGGAAAAAUAACAAUAAAAAAUCAGCCAAAUAAGCACACGUGGGACGUAAUUCUCUGUAUUCAGAGCAGGCUUUUCUUUCACUGUGAGUUGCACCAUGAACUGCAGGCAGCUGUGGCAAGGAUUUUCUGCACCAAGGUUAGUGCUGCACCCUCACUUCCCACUUAACCAUCACCGUGCUCAUUUCUGCCUUGAAUUAGGCAGUGUGAUACUACCCAGUGUCUCAGCAGUGCUGGUCGCCAGGAAACAGAGCAAAACCAUCUUUCUUUUAUUAUUUUUUGCAAAGGGACUGGAUUAGUCCAGUUCUGGAGAUGGAGGAAGAAAAGAGGAGUGAAAACAAAAAAUAGGACUGGGGCUUUUACUGUAAAAUAGAGAUGUCAUCUUCAGAUAAUAAGAAACCAUUUCCUUGUACAGGAAAAACUCCAGCUUCAGCUAUAGAUGGUACAAAAUAUGGCUUCUAUCUUUCUUUGCUUAAAAAUGGGAAGAUUGUGUAGUGAUGGAGGAGCACAAGAGAGAAGACAUUUAUAUAUCUCAGCACGAAUGUGACAAGUCUGGGAAAAAGGUAGUAGUAGGCAGCUGCCUGACUUGCAGGCUUAAGAGAAAAACUGCAUCCCCAAGCCCCCUCCACAAAAAUGCAUUUCUCUAAGAAGCUGUUUUGCAUUGUGGUCUGCUCUGUAGGGGUCUGACAUGUAUCUCUAAUCACAUUGAUUAACGGCAAUGUGCUUUCUGAUUGAUCAUCCUUUGUAAAAUGCUGAACGGUACUUUGCAUCAGCUGAGAUCUGUCAAUUGCUCUUCGUCUUUUCCUUUGUGCCCCAACUCUAUCCAGGAUGUUUAGUAAUAAAUAAAAGCAGAGAGACUCCGACUGCUGGUGGCAAGCUGUGAAAAUGAGAGUGGGACCUCCUUUAAAUGCACUGUGGAUUAAAAAAAAACACAACGCAUUAUCUUUACUUGUAUAGCAAUGGCUAUGGAAAACCCAAAUCAGAGCUGUAAGUUUGUGCAUAUAGUUUUAUGUCAGAUUUUUGCCAUUUGGAUAAUGUUUUCCAUAUGUUUUACAAGCGUUACACCCACAUCUUCCCCCCUCUGGUUCUCCUGUGAUAUAUGGCUAGCAAUUCUAGAUGUUAUUCAGCUGCACAUCUCAUAGCGCUUUGCAGAUGUCUUAAAGACCGGCUCCAUUUUACAGAUAUUUUCCCGCAGGAAAAAUAUCUCCUCACUAGGAAGAGAGUCAGCCCAGGAAAUAAGAUUAGAACUUAAGAAAUCCUUACAGAGCCCUGGAAAAUAUCAGAUUAGACUGCCUGUCUCUUGACAAAUUGCCUUUGGAGGAGAAAGCUGCUGUAAAUCAAACAUGCCUUGUGCGUGUUCUGUGCAGGAUAGGCAUAGGUGACAACCACUAGAUGGUGCUGAGUAUUAGACCCUCAGAAAUACCCAAGUAUCUUUUUUCUCUGCCUUGGAAGUUAGAUUAAGAAUCCUAAUACCCACUAGGCGUUAAGUUGCUAGGUUUGCAGCUUGCAUUGAAAUACUGGAGGGUGCUCUUGCAGUGCAGAAGUUCUGCUGCAACCACAAAGGAGCCGAGACCUUAUCUGGAAAUCAGAGAGCCUCAUGUGCCUGCCAUGGGAUUUGGACAGGGCCAAGUGCUCUCAGAGCCUCGCGGUGUCUGUCUCAGGCUGCUGCCAGGGAGGUUGUGGACCUGUGCUGAGACCCUGCUGCCUGCAGUGAGGUGGCUGCUGCCAGUGCUCCUGACAAAAUGAAUGAGAAGUUCUCUACGCAGCUGGGUAAGGUGCUGGUGGAUGCUUCACAUGCAGCCUCUGCUGUCCCACCACUGGCAGGGCCUUGAGGGGCACCUGUGCAGGGGCUGGAUCACCCAACUUGUGCUGGGCAGAGCUGUCAUUGCUGAGAGCUUCUGCAAAGCGGCUGGACCUCUGUGAUCCCAGCACGAGGGGUCUCUGUGCUGGAAGACUUCAUAAAGUUCAUGAGAAGACAUCAGCUCGGCUUCUGUGAAAGCUUCAGCUUGGCAGUUUUCCUUGGCUGUGGUUCCACUGAGGCUGUGAUUUCAAUAAAUAUCCCAGAAAUCCCUUACUCCUGCCUUCCCGUGAGCUACGAUGUUCCAAUAUAACAUGAAGAAGAAAAGGCAGAAAGUGGUAAAUCUUCAGUGCUGCGUUGAUCUGGCUGGAGUCUCAGGCACUGAAAGUGCUGCAGAUGGGAAGUGCUGUGCUGGUCCUCCUUGCACUACUGCCAGCCAGAGGCAGCUGAACAGAAAGGGGCAUCCUGUGACCUUGGGAGGGAGCCUUGAGCUCUGCUGAGGUGGCCGUGUUUUGCCCUUGAACAGAGUUUGUCUGUGCUGGGGUGAGUUUGCAAGGCCCCUCUGCCUGCAAGCUCAAAAAGCUGGAAAGCACCAGCAUGCUGGAUUUCUGCCUUUUUUUUUUUUUUUAUUAUUUUCCCCAGCUUAAUGUGAUGGAUGCUUGCUCCUGAUAUCCUCCAGAUUCCAACAUUUUUCUUUCUUUCUUUUUCCCUCUCCAUUUCCCACCUGGAGGUGGGUCUGGACCCUACCUGGCCAAGAUUGUGUAUCAGGGGCAUUGUGGAGCCUCUGGGGCUGUCAAAUCCACGGCUCCUGUUUCCCUCAGCCUGAGGUUUCUCAUGCUCGGUGCCAGGGCUGGAAUGUUUUGAGAAGUGUUCUGUUAAUUGUCUGGGUUAUUUUGAGGGAUGGAGCUUCAAAAAUAUGUAUGUUGCUGCGACUCUUAGGAAAGUUAAGCAUUUUUUCAGUGCACUUGAUUUGAACCCAGCUUGCUGCACACGAUGCGAGUUGCUCUUAUGGGAUGUGUGAGAAACUGGGUAGGAUAUUUUUCACAGGUUAUUUCCCAGACUGCAGUGGUUUUUGUCUGGAAAUCCUCUGUAGUGGGAGACUGGAGCUUCAUCACUGUGCCAGAUGAGCACUGCAAGCUGCUUCUGCUUUG